AUGGCCAAGAUCAAGUCCAUCGAGCACUUCCGUGUCAAGCCUCGCUGGCUGUUUGUCAAAGUCACCGAUGAUGAGGGGCGCUUCGGUUGGGGAGAGGGCACACUGGAGGGACAUUCUCUUGCGGUCGAAGGAGCACUCGAUGAAAUUAUCACUCGCAUUGUGGGAUAUGAAGCGGAUGACAUUCAGCACAUUUGGCAGACAGUAUGGCGGCUCGGGUUCUACCGGGGUGGACCGGUAUUCAUGUCAGCACUAUCAGGGAUUGACAUCGCUUUGUGGGAUCUGAAGGGUCGGAAGCUGGGUGUCCCAGUCCACGAGCUCCUGGGCGGGAAGGUGCGCCAGAAGGUACAGGUUUAUGCCUGGAUUGGCGGUGACCGACCAAGCGAUGUGGUGGCUGCAGCAAAAGAACGAAUCGCCCAAGGCCUCAAGUGCAUCAAGAUGAACGCCACCGAAGAUGUCAACUGGCUAGACUCGCCCGCCGUCUUACAGUCCUGUGUGGAACGAGUGAAACAAGUGAAGGCUCUGGGUCUUGAUGCCGGUGUGGACUUCCACGGUCGCUUGCACAAACCUAUGGCUAAGCAGCUGGCUAAGGCACUGGAACCUUACCACCCUCUAUUCAUCGAAGAGCCUCUGCUGUCCGAACACCCCGAAGCGAUAAAGCAACUUUCCGACUAUACUACAAUUCCUAUCGCAUUCGGCGAGCGCUUAUACUCCAGGUGGGAAGUUAAGAGAUUCUUGGAGGAUUCGUCGGUAGAUAUCCUACAGCCUGAUGUUGCCCACGCAGGAGGUAUCUCCGAAACCAUGCGUAUAGCCAAUAUGGCCGAAGCCUACGAUGUUGCUAUCGCGCCUCAUUGUCCUCUAGGUCCUAUCGCCUUGGCAGCCUGUCUCCAAGUGGCCGUGUCGAUACCUAAUUUUGUCAUCCAGGAGAUGUCGCUGGGUAUGCACUACAAUGUUGAAGCUGGAGAUAUUGAUCUGAACAGCUACUUGGUGGACAAGACAGUCUUCGAUAUUACUGAGGGAUACGUGGCUGCUCCUUCUAAACCGGGCUUGGGAAUUGAUAUUGACGAAGACCUGGUACGGAAAAUCAGCAAGGAGACAGAGCCUUGGCAGCCCAAGGAGUUCUAUGGACCAGAUGGCUCUAUUCGUGAAUGGUAA